AUGGAAAUGGAAGAAUAUUUAUCACAGUUCAAGCCGAUCGUAAAUCCUUUCAAUGCAGAAAAAGAUUUACAGUAUUCUAUUGUAUUCCGAUUUUCAUCAAGGGUAAGACUACUUUUGCAGAAUGGCGCAAACGUUAACUGCCGUGGACCUAUCGGGAACCCAGUACUUCAUCUUGCUAUAUAUUGUCGUGAGUAUGAUGUUAUAGAUCGUCUUUUAAAACUCGGAGCAGACCCUCACGCUGUCACAACUAAAAAAGGUUACGAAGGAUACACCACGUUUCAUAUUGCGUGCUUACAUGGUACCGAUAAACUUGUAAAAUUACUAAUUACCGAGUAUCAGGUUAAUAUAAAUGCAGUUGCUGCUGAUGGCGUCCAGCCCAUAUACUUGGCCGUAUUUCGCAGAUCCAUGACAAUUAUCAGAUUUUUGAUACAUAACUUUGCAAACUUAAACGCAGAAAUAAACGAAGUAAUUUUUAAAAAAUUUCACGAAAACAAAGAAUGGCGAAGUGACUUUGGCGAUAAAAUAUCGCUGUUGACUUAUUCAUUGCUCUACGACUUUGAAGAUUUAUUUAAAUUAUUGAUAGAAUGUGGUGUUGAUUGGAGGAUAAAGUUUUCGGGGAAAACAUUGUUGAUGCUUGCUGUUACGAAAUAUUCGUGGGACGCUUUUGCAUACAUGGUAUCAAAAAUGAGUAAAAAAGAGAUUAAUUAUCGCGACAAUAGUGGCUUUACAGCAUUGCAUUAUCUUUAUAAGGAUCAAACGGUUGAAAACUAUCGACAUGGCUUAGUUAAUGAGGAACUCAAAUGUAAAAUUCUAGAAAGGCUAUUUAACGCAGGUGCUGAUAUUAAUUUAUCAAUAAACGGUGAUUCUUCGACAAUGAUAGUGAAUUUAGCAGCUAAAUAUCAUGAUUACAACGUACUCAAAUUCUUACUGCCAAGACAGAAAUUUUUGCCAAUUUCACAACCUCUUUAUUAUGCGUUAUUCUCAAAUAGAGGUGGUAACUUAUUAGACCAUAAUAACUUAGAUAGAUUUAAAACAACUAUUGAUGUUAUUGUUCAAAACAUAAAAAUUAAAAUUAAAAUGGGUUUUCCUGUUCUUGCUGAUGAAAUCGAUAGGAUGAAUAACAUGAUCCCAGAAUAUUUUAGCAGAAAGCAGAGUGAUUGGAAAAUCUACGAAGACCAAAUUCAAGAAGAGUUGAAUAAGCUAAGAAAUGAAGUGAUCAUUGUUCGUGAUAAAAAAGUUUGUUUGUUAAGAAUUCUGACAAAACAAAACGGGAAAUUGAGACAAUUCGUCAGGAAUAAAGUACUGAUUGAAGCUUGGGAAAGUUAUCUUAGACGUUAUUCAACUUAAACGUUAAAAAAUGUUGGACUAUGA